UGCCAACAUUUUGGGCGACAUCUGUGGUUAAUACUUUUUAUGUUCGCAACGUCAGACGAUAUUUUGUGUUAAAAACCGCAUAAAUUAAGUUUUUCUGAAUGCAAAUAGUAGAAAAUGCCAGCCAGUGGGGACCAAAAAAUUGAUGAAUCCGCGGAAGUGCGGAACUACUUUCUUAAACUACUGGAUACGGAUAAGGAUCUAUCCUCCGGCAUAGCCGCGAUUAAAACAUUGUUAAUGAUACUCGAGAAAAAACAAUUUGACACCAUACACAUCCUUCACACGACAAUGCGUGACGCGGUGGCGACAAUGCGCAACACUGACCUGUCCAUAGCUGCAGUAGUAUCCGGCGGAGAACUUUUCUGUCGCUUCAUUACAUUAAGUUUGGAUGACAAACACAUGGAAGAAUGUCGACAAAUAAUGUUGCAUCGUGGUAAAAUAUUUCUAACAAAGCUUUUAAACUCUCGCAAUGUGAUUGCCCAACAAGCGAAAAAAUUCGUUGCUGAUGGCUGUCGCGUGCUGACCCACUCGCGUUCACGCGUAGUGCUAAAAACACUUAUAAGUGCUGCGAAAAAUAAAGAAUUCCACGUUUAUGUAACACAAGGUGGGCCUGACAAUUCCGGCUCUCAAAUGGUUGACGAACUCGGGCGAGCUGGAAUAAGUAGCACUCUGAUUCUGGAUUCGGCAACGGGCUAUGUAAUGGAGUCUGUAGACUUUGUAAUGGUUGGUGCAGAAGCCGUCGUUGAAAGCGGGGGCAUUAUCAAUCGCAUUGGAACUUUCACAAUGGGCUUGUGCGCCCGUGAAAUGAAGAAACCUUUUUAUGUUCUGGCUGAAAGUUUCAAAUUCACCAGACUCUACCCGCUAAAUCAACGUGACCUUCCGGAUGAGUAUAAAUAUUCUCGCAAACACCUGGUCGACGUAUCUAAAGUGCACCCACAAGUUGACUACACGCCACCUGCUUAUAUCACUUUGUUGUUCACCGAUUUGGGCAUUCUUACGCCCUCGGCUGUCAGUGAUGAAUUGAUUAAACUUUAUAUGUAAUUUACAUAUAUUGAUGCAAUGUUUUCAAGUGUACUACAAACAAAACUUAAUAAAUAUUAAUGCAAGUGCAUUUUUUACAAAACCA